AGAUACCUAACAUUUUCAUUGAAAACGCAUAGCAGCAAGCAUUCAGUCUCUACCACGUCUUGUCUUCCCUUCACACCAUCUCUGAUACAGAUACAGAUACAUCAUCCUCUCUCUCCAUCUCUCUAUCUCUCUUCAACCAACCAACACGCACAAACAAACAAACAGAAACAGAAGAAAACACACAAAAGUGCAACAAAAUAAAGGAAAGAAAAGAGCCAACACACACCACCACCACCACACAAGAGUCUCACUCUGAGAGACAGCAAGCGAAACCUGCAAAAACACAAUGCCUCCUUAUGCAACCCAGCCAUGACCAAACCCACCUCUCCUCUCACCCAAUGUCUUCCUCUUCCUCUUCCUCUUCCUCUUCCUCCUCCUACGACACCUCCAACUUUGUCGUCUCAUCCCAUCACUCCCCACCGGCCGAUGAAACCGACGACACCGCCACCAUCCUCACCCGUCUGAUCGACUCCGAGCUCAAUCACAUGCCCUCCCCAAACUACAUCUCCCGCCUCCGCGACCGUUCGAUCGACGUCACCGCUCGCCAGGACUCAAUCAACUGGAUCUUAAAAGUCCACGCCCACUACCGCUUCUCUCCCCUCACCGCCUUCCUCUCCAUCAACUACUUCGACCGCUUCCUCUCCUCCCAUUCUCUCCCGCAGCACAAUGGGUACUGGCCAUUUCAGCUGCUGUCUGUGGCUUGCCUGUCUUUAGCGGCGAAGAUGGAGGAGCCCAAUGUGCCCUUCAUUUUGGACCUCCAAAUAUUCGAACCCAGGUUCGUGUUCGAGCCCAGAACGGUUCAGAGAAUGGAGCUCCGGGUCAUGACCAUUCUCAACUGGAGGCUCCGAUCCAUCACCCCCUUCGAUUUCCUCCACCACUUCAUCGCCAACCUCCCCUCUUCUUCUUCCUCCUCUCUCUUCUCAGCUUCCUCCGAUCUAAUUCUCAGCACCACCCGUGUGACUGAUUUCUUGGGUUUUUCGCCUUCCACAAUUGCCGCGGCGGCGGUGCUAUGCGCCGCCCAAAAAAGUGUCGAUUUGGCGGCGGCGGAAGACUCUGAUGCGGCGGCGUCGUUGUUCCACGAAAGAGUAAACAAAGAGGGGGCGAGAAGCUGUCACCAACUCAUGGAGGAGUAUCUGAUCGACACGUGUCCCUCGUCCCGCCAUAAAGAGCCCGUCGUUGGAACGGCGUCUUCGUCCCCAGCCAGCCCAGUUGGCGUGCUCGACGCGGCUGCCUGUGGAAGUUGCGACACUCGGUCAGAAAAUCCCGGCUCCACCGUCGAAGCUGAGCCGCCAGCAAAGCGGCUCCGACCCUCCUCUGCCGCUGAUGUACAGCCGCCGUAGAUAAAACAGAGACAGAGAAAUUAAAACUAUUUAAAUUAAAUUAAAUCUGUCUCUAAUUUUUUGUCCUUA